AUGGCAUCACCCGAAAAGCAACGCCGCGAAUUGAUUUUGCGCAAGCAUCUGGAAAAUCCUAAACUCUCCCAUCGGGACAUCGGAAAACAACUCGGAAUCGAGCAGUCAACGCUUGCGCCACUUCCCGAUCACUCCAACCACUCCGGAAUGGUCCUAGGUCUGUCGGAGAUGAUCAACCUGCUUGCUCCAAAAACGCUCGCCAUUCUGGUCCUGAACGAGACGAAAAUUCACAAAAUCGAUCGGCUCACCGUAAUGGUUCAUCAUCACAAUAUUCCGACCUGCAUCUUCACCGAUCUGGAGAAUUACUUCCGCUACAUUGGUGACAAUCUGAAGAAAUCGGUGGAUACAACCAGUCUGGUGUUGUGCCACCCGGAGGACAUGCUGGAGGACAUUGCCGAUAGACGGUUGGCUCAUCGGUUGAGUUUGUACAUUUUCUACUGGGGUGCGGAGAAGGUCCCGACUGAUUUGGAUCGAUCGCUACUGCGGGAACCGCUGCGGGUGGCUGUGAUAACCAAUCCGAGGAAAAACAUUUUCCGAAUUUUCUACAAUCAAGCCAAGCCGAACAAUUAUGGCGAACUGCUCAGUGCGAAUUGGUUCGACGGAAAUGAUAUGACUUUCAGAAGGGUACCGUUGCUGCCUACUCCCACCAAGGUGUACAAGAACUUUGAGGGUCGAGUGUUCACCAUUCCGGUAAUUCAUAAACCUCCGUGGCACUUUGUAAGCUACAACAAAGUGAACGAGUCUUACAAUGAAACAGAAUCAGAUGUGGACCUGAGCGGUAAUAGUACGGAUGCAGAGGAAAACACUUUCACGGUAACGGGAGGAAGAGAUCAUAACCUUAUGCAACUGAUCGCGGAUCGGAUGAACUUUAGCUUCAAAUACGUCGAUCAAGAAGAUAAAAUACAGGGAACAGCAAUGGGUACGGAAGAGAAUGCUACUUUUUCCGGGGCGUUGGGGAUGUUGCAGAGGAGAGAAGUCGAUCUGUUUUUGGGAGAUGUAGCGGUGACUUGGGAACGAAUGCAGGCAGUUGAGUUUUCGUUUUUUACUCUUGCCGAUUCAGCGGCAUUUGUAACACAUGCUCCUAGAAAACUAAGCGAAGCAUUGGCUUUAGUAAGACCUUUCCAAAUCACGGUAUGGCCGUUGGUGCUGGUUACUAUAAUGAUAUCCGGACCGAUCUUGUAUUUGAUCAUCGCAUUACCGUACCGACUGGAAGAGUGGACCAGUGAUUGGUUUGCUAGGGUAAGACGGUUGAAAGUUUACCGUGGACCGUCGUUUUACCAUCUACAGUACAUUCAAGAGAUGAACUAUGGAGUACCCCAGCGUGCAACGGAAAUCGCUGGUACGCCGCUCCAUCCAAGUCUGGAUCGGUGCGUUUGGUACACGAUCAAUGUCUACCUGAGACAAUCUGCAACUAUUCCAUACAACGGUCACGUUGCACGGUUCUUCUCUAUUCUUUUGUGGCUAUGUGCUACAUACGUUUUGGGUGAUGUCUACUCCGCCCAGUUAACCUCACAGCUGGCAAGGCCGGCUCGUGAAGCUCCUAUAGACACGUUGGGUAGACUGGAAGUUUUCAUGGAACGUGACGGUUACCAGCUGGUGGUUGAACGGCAGAGCGCUUUCCAAGCCGUCCUUGCUAACAGUAGUGGCAUUCUACAGCGUUUGUAUCGCUUAACACAGCGGCAACGGAAUAACGAAUCCUACCUGGUAUCAUCGGUAGAGGAAGGAAUACGUGCUCUGGUGGCUAACCCGAAACGAGCGGUUUUCGGUGGUCGCGAAACACUGUACUUCAACACCAAACGCUACGGUGCUCAUCGUUUCCAGUUGAGCGAAAAGCUCUACACUCGGUACUCAGCGGUUGCCGUGCAAUACGGAUCACCAUUUUUGGAUAGUUUGAAUGAAGUAAUAAUGCGCCUUUUCGAAGCCGGGAUCAUCGAAAAAAUCACAAUUGCCGAAUACGAACGGAUGUUCGGCAGUUUAACAGGACAGUUUACCGACGAAUCAGAGAUGACGACCAAAUCGGAUAGCUCGGAAGCUGACGCGGGCCAUUCGAAAAAGAAUACUGAAAGCAACGAGAAGCUUCAGCCAAUGAAUCUUCGGAUGUUGCAAGGGGCAUUUCUUGCGCUGACCGUUGGUCAUACAUUGGGAGUUCUCAUUCUUCUGCUGGAAAAUAAAACUAUGUAUUUCGGAAAGAUGAACGGCCGUUUCAGAAGGUGCGCUAGAAAAAUCGGUGCGUGGUGUCGGAAGAUUGGGAAAGCACUGUAUCGUUUCCGACGAAGAUUUCAUUGA